CCCUCUGUAAAGCCCUACUACUCUCAGCUGUCUCCAUCAUUUCUGAGUUCCAUUCAUUCAUUUCAUUCAUUCUUUCAUUUCUGAUUCCCAAUUUUUGUUUCAAUGUAUCGAUUAGCUUCCAAGCUAGCCUCCUCCAUCACUUCCUCAACCUCAAAGAACGUUAUACGCUGCAGGGUUAUUUCAAGUAGAAACUAUGCGAGCAAAGACAUCAACUUUGGCGUCGGAGCUCGUGCUGCAAUUCUUCAGGGUGUCACUGAGGUUGCUGAUGCUGUCAAGGUUACGAUGGGACCUAAGGGUCGUAAUGUGAUUAUUGAGAAAAGUUAUGGGAACCCAAGGAUCACAAAGGAUGGUGUGACAGUAGCUAAGAGUAUCAAAUUUCAGGAUAAGGCUAAGAACAUUGGUGCUGAUCUUGUUAAGCAGGUUGCCAAGGCUACCAACGCUGCUGCUGGAGAUGGUACAACUUGUGCGACUGUGUUAACUCAGGCAAUACUGAUAGAAGGUUGCAAAUCGAUUGCAGCUGGUGUAAAUGUCAUGGAUUUGCGCAAUGGAAUAAAUAAGGCAGUUGAUGCUGUAAUUACUGAUUUGAAAAGCAGGGCAGUAAUGAUAAGCACACCUGAAGAGAUAACCCAGGUUGGGACUAUAUCUGCAAAUGGAGAGAGAGACAUUGGUGAAUUGAUUGCAAAGGCAAUGGAAAAAGUUGGAAAGGAAGGAGUUAUUACCGUUGCUGAUGGAAACACUUUGGACAAUGAGUUGGAAGUUGUUGAAGGAAUGAAGUUGGGCAGAGGCUAUAUAUCUCCCUAUUUUAUUACUGAUCAGAAAACCCAGAAAUGUGAAUUGGAUCACCCCCUUAUCCUCAUCCAUGACAAGAAAAUUUCAGACAUGAAUUCAUUAUUGAAAAUAUUGGAACUGUCAGUUGAGAAAAAAAGACCGCUCUUGGUUGUAGCAGAAGAUGUUGAGAGUGAUGCAUUGGCUAUGCUCAUACUAAACAAGCAUCAUGCUGGGCUUAAGGUUUGUGCUAUAAAAGCUCCUGGUUUCGGUGAUAACAGAAAAGCAAAUCUAGAUGAUCUUGCAAUUCUUACUGGAGGAGAGGUCAUCACAGAAGAGCGUGGUUUUACUCUUGACAAAGUCCUACCAGAAAUGCUUGGUACUGCCAAAAAGGUUACUAUCUCCAUUGAUGACACUAUCAUUCUACAUGGAGGUGGGGAUAAGAAACUCAUUGAAGAGAGAUGUGAGGAGCUUAGGACAGCAAUGAACAAGAGUUCUGCCACGUUCGAUAAAGAAAAAGCACAAGAACGCCUAUCAAAACUAUCCGGUGGUGUAGCUGUCUUCAAGGUUGGAGGCGCUAGUGAGGCAGAAGUUGGGGAAAGGAAAGAUCGGGUGACAGAUGCCCUAAAUGCCACUAAAGCAGCAGUCGAGGAGGGAAUUGUUCCAGGUGGUGGAGUUGCUCUCUUAUAUGCUACAAAAGUGUUGGAGAACCUCGAAACAAAGAACGAGGAUGAGAAAAGAGGAGUACAGAUUAUUCAGAAUGCACUUAAGGCACCUACCCUUACAAUAGCUUCAAAUGCUGGUUUCGAUGGCACUUUGGUUCAGAGCAAAUUGUUAGAACAAGACAAUCAUAAUUUGGGUUUUGAUGCUUCCAAAGGUGCCUAUGUUGAUAUGAUAAAGGCUGGAAUCAUAGAUCCUGUUAAAGUUGUUAGAACAGCUUUGGUAGAUGCUGCCAGUGUCUCAUUGCUACUGACAACAACGGAGGCAGCUAUUGUGGAUAAUCCAAAGGACAAAAAUAAAGCUCCCAGCCGGGUGCCAGAUAUGGAUGCCUUGGAUAUCUAACCUGCUAUCCUAAAUUAUUAUUUAUGAAGGCAUUGUUGUGAAUUAUAUUUUUGAGUCCUGAAAUUCCUGUUAAAAUAGUUGCAGAUUGAAAAUCUUAAAAUGUAUUUAGAGACAUUGAAAAAAAUAGGACUUUCUAUUCACAUUUUUUCCCCUGUAAGUUUAGGAUACAAAGGAAACUGUUCACUCAUCAUUCUUUCGCUGAGUCGUCGGAUUUAUGCAACGAGUGCAAAAGUAAUUUUUUG